AUGCCCAUUGUGUAUGACAACAUUGAAUGGACUCCAAUUCACAUAUCACCUCCACCAAACCAAGUGAACCUGAAACAAUGCCAUCUUCCAGGUGGUCAAAAGGAGAUAACAAUGGCAACUGAGAUGAUGGUGGAGGAUGUGUUAGCCAAGGGGUUAAACUAUGCAGUGACACCACAACACAUACCAGUAGUUGAACUCAUCACAGCCACCGAGUCUGCUAUCAAAAAUAAUAACUUGAAAAAUGAAGAAGCAGAACAACUCCGGCUAAAAGUGUCAGCUGCUUUGUCAAGUGCCAGAACACCUCCCUCUAACUUUACUACAGAAGAGAGGAGAGCACUCAGCUCUCUGAGUAAGGACCCGAACAUCACUAUCCUGCCAGCAGAUAAAGGGAGAUGCACAGUUGUGCUCAACACAACUGACUAUGACUGCAAGAUAACCACUCUGCUCAGUGAUAGCAAUACAUAUGAACCCUUAGGGAAAGACCCAACCAGUGGUUACAAGAAAAAGGUCAUCGGUUGCCUACAACAACUUGAAAAGGAGAAAGCCAUUGAUCGAAUUUUAUACCACCGUCUGUAUCCCAGGGAAGCCACACCAUGCUUAUACGGACUCCCCAAGAUACACAAGGAAGGAGCCCCACUAAGACCCAUUGUCAGCAGCAUAAAUUCAGUGACAUACAGCAUUGCAAAAUUCUUGGCUAACAUCUUAGCCCCGUUGGUAGGCAAUACAGUGCAUCAUAUCCAGAAUGCCAAAGAGUUUGUAACCAAGAUUCACGGCGUUACACUAGAGGCAGAAGAAACAAUGGUAUCAUAUGAUGUCACUUCUUUGUUCACAUGUAUACCUACUACAGAGGCGAUUGAGACUGUAAGAAAUCGACUGCAACAUGAUAACACCCUCAGCAGCAUAACGAAGCUCAGUCCCAACCAAGUUUGUUUGUUGCUAGAUUUGUGCCUUAACACCACAUACUUCAAGUACAAGAACCUUUUUUAUAGACAGAAACAUGGCUGUGCAAUAGGUUCUCCAGUCUCUCCCAUUGUAGCAAACUUGUACAUGGAGGAAGUGGAAAGGAGGGCCUUACUUACUUUCCAGGGAACUACACCAACUCACUGGUUCAGGUAUGUGGAUGAUACUUGGGUUACAAUCAGAUCCAAUGAAGUGGCGGCCUUCACAGAACACAUUAACUCAGUGGACAAUAACAUCAAGUUCACAAGGGAAGAUGUCCAUGAGAACAAACUUGCUUUUUUGGACUGUUUGAUAUGUAUCCAAGAGGGGGGUAACUUGAAGACGGAAGUAUACAGGAAACCCACUCAUACGGAUCAAUAUCUGUUGUUUGAUUCCCAUCAUCCACUGGAACACAAACUGGGUGUCAUUCGAACCCUGCACCACCGGGCAGAAUGUGUGGCAACUGAUACAGAGUCCAAAGACAAAGAGCAAAAACAUCUCAGAGGAGCUUUGAAAGCGUGUGGCUACCCAGACUGGGCCUUUGUCAAAACAGCAGCAACCAAGCCCAACAGGAACACCAAUAGAAAUAACCGCCCGGAGACACAUAGUAGGCGAAACAUAGUCAUCCCAUAUGUAGCUGGAGUGUCAGAGAAACUCAGGAGGAUUUUCAACAAACACCAUGUCCCUGUGUUUUUCAAACCUAGCAACACACUGAGACAAAAACUGGUACACCCAAAGGAUCAAACACCAAAAGAAAAACAAAGCAAUGUGGUAUACGGAGUCCAGUGUAGCGAGGAGUGCACAGAUCUAUACAUUGGGGAGACAAAACAACUGCUCUCCAAGCGAAUGGCUCAGCACAGGAGGGAGAACUCUACAGGGCAAAACUCAGCUGUCUUUCUACACUUAAAAGACAAGGGACACUCCUUUGAAGACAGCAAGGUCCAAAUCUUGGAUAAAGAAGACCGCUGGUUUGAACGAGGCGUGAAAGAGAUGAUUCAUGUCAAGGUGGAGAGACCAUCUCUGAACAGAGGUGGGGGCCUUCGACACCACCUGUCUGCUACAUACAAUGCUGUGCACGUGUGGGCAGUAGCAGAACAUGUUAACCCCCACUGUGCUUUUGCCGUGGAUCGAGUGUCCCAAGGCUGUGGCAUAAAGCUCAUGCAUCCUACUCUCACUUACCAUGUGAGAUUAAAGGGCAUCCGACUUGUGGUGGAAAAGGAUUUUAGAGUCCUGGGUUACUGGGUAAGGCUGUACCAUGGUCCAGUGAAACUAGGGGAUGAUGAAGGGCCGUACACUAUUUACCCGGGAGAGCAGGGUUUCGAAGAGUGGCAGGAGGCUGCUGUUCAAAUGCUGGAAGAGUGUCCGUGCCCCGAGGGUGAUAAACGGAUCAGUUUAACCGAAAAUCUGCGCCCUCCCGCCAGCCAGGUAGUUAAACUGUUUUGCAAGGCUCAUUUAAAAGCGUCUGUCAGAGAUUGCCUGAAAGCCCUAGAAGAGGUGUAUGGGGCUUGUGACAACCCUCAUACCUUGCUCCAUAUGUUCCGAAGCUUGUAUCAAGAGGAUGGGGAGAAUGUGUCCACGUUUGUGCAAUGGUUACAAAGCAAGCUAUGGACAUUAGUUCACAAGAACAUUAUCCCUAUUGCCGAGGUCGAUGAGAUGCGACGUACCCAACUCAUGCAUGGACUGCAGGGGAGCCACCCCAUAGUCAUGGAGCUGCACAUAAUGGGUGAAAUCAUGGGCGUAGUAAAGGAAAGGGAAGCUGAACUGGAGAAAGUGGCAGUUCACAUUAAGAAGGCGACUACGGGGAGUUCUCCCUCCGCUCGGAACGAUCUGAGGGGAGUUUCUGGGAGGAAAGAGGAUUCAUUCCCCCAGUCUAAGAGGGUGCCACUAGCAAAGACUUUCAGUGCUAUUGCCUGUUUAGACUGUUACCAUUGUGGACACCAGGGCUACCGAGUGUACCAGUGUUACCCGCCAGUAGACUCGGGUGACCUCCACAGUAAAGGGGGGCGCUUACCCCGGAAACGAAAGGGCACACAGAAGAGUCAAAAAUCUGUGACGCUCCCCGGGGUAGGAAGACAGUGUAAUUUCAACCUGCUUGUGAAUGGUGUCCCGACCACAGCGUUAUUUGACACGGGCUCCCAAUUGACUAUUAUACACCGGCCUUUCUAUCUUCAACAUCUCAGCCACCUCCCAUUGCAAACUGUGGGUCCAGUACCCGUAUUCGGUGUGGGGACGGGCCCCACCUACAUGGAUGGCUGUGUGGAAGUACAACUGCACAUCCCUGGACUUGUAGGGGACAACGACCCACCUAUUACUGUUGUGGCUUACGUAAGUCCUCCACCUGGAGGUAAGGAGGCUGCCCCCGUGAUUGUAUGCUCCAAUGUGAAGGCUGUAGAGGAGGCUUUCCUCUGGUUCCUCCAACCCAGGGAGGGUACCCCACUAACUGUGUUGCCUGUAUCUCCAGAGCUGCAGGAGAUUUGCCAGACCUUUGCCCCAGAGUCUGUAGGAAAUCCUUGGCAUCCAGUAGAGAUCCCUCCAGGGGGAGUCCAAAGUCUGCGAGUGUAUGUGGAGAUUGUGUCUGCUACCCCCGGCAGUUAUUUCUUACUGGAGACCGACCCAUGCCCAAAAUGGUUGGGAGAUAGUUCCUUAAAGGAAAGACUAUCGGCGCAAAUGUCCCCGAACUGA